UUUUUAAAUGAAGGCUUCGCAGCCCCGCGUGGGGCUGCAGUGUCGUCCCAGCCUGGGUGCGACGACUCGGGUGCCAGGGGCGCACGGUGGCCGCGGGGGCCUCCGGAGCAGGAGCUGAAGCGGCGGCGGCACGACGCACAGCAGCUGCAGCAGCUCAAGCACCUGGAGUCCUUUUAUGAAAAACCUCCUCCUGGGCUUAUCAAGGAAGAUGAGACUAAGCCAGAAGACUGUAUACCAGAUGUCCCAGGCAAUGAACAUGCCAGGGAAUUUCUGGCCCACGCACCAACCAAAGGACUUUGGAUGCCACUGGGGAAAGAAGUCAAAGUCCUGCAGGGUUGGUGCUGUAAACGAUAUGGUCACCAAACAGGCGACAAAGAAUGCCUUUUUUUUAUCAAAGGCAACCGAAAGUUAGAACAGUUCAGAGUAGCGCAUGAAGAUCCCAUGUAUGACAUCAUACAAGAGAAUAAAAGACAUGAAAAGGAUGUAAGGAUACAACAGUUAAAACAGUUACUGGAGGAUUCAACAUCAGAUGAAGAUGGGAGCAGCUCCAGUUCCUCAGAAUGUAAAGAGAACAAGAAAAAGAAGAAAGGAAAGCAUAAGAAAAAGAAGAAAAAACGAAAGCAUAAGUCUUCUAAGUCAAAUGAGAGUUCAGACUCAGAAUGACAAGAGCUUGACCUGUUCAACAUUCUCUUCUCAAAAAUCAAACACUGUGGCCAAAGAUCAGAGGAAUGUGGAAACAGGAAUAGGAGAGAGAAACACCGAGAGAGGAGAUUUGGUGUCACAGGUGUGAAUUCUCACCUACCUUCCAGUAAAGAUGUGACCGCCACAGGAGAGUGAGUUGUGUCUUGCCAGGUGCUAGCUCUGGACAGCAGCUGAUUUCAGGCUGGAAAGCUUUUCUCAUUGUUCUCCUCCCUGCAGAUCACUGUGGGUCCUGAUUCCUUAGAAAUGCCUCUGGCAGGGUGGCCAGACUAAGGGAAUCUCUGAGGAAGCUCCUCCAGGUGCUGCCACAGCUUCCACCCUCCGUGGUGGGGCUACUUAAUGCCCUUAGAUUUCAGGCUUGACUUUCCUCUGUUGCUGAGGAUAAAAGCUCAUUAUUUUAUUUAUUUAAAAAAUACUCAUUUAUUUUUGAAUCAUAAUAAUAUACUUACAUGGUCCAAAUUUAAAAGGUAUAUAAGGGGAAUUCCUUGGCUGUCCAGUGAUUAGGACUCAACGCUUUCACCGCCGUGGCCCAGGUUCAAUCCCUGGUCAGGGAACUGAGAUCCUACAAGCCACGAGGUGCGGUCAAAAAAAAAAAAUUAUAAAAGGUAUAUAAGGUUUAAUCAUGAAAA